AUGAGGAGAGUAAGACUCGGGAUACGCCUGGUCCAGUGUGGAGUGGCGGCAGCAGCAACAGCAAGAGGCGUGGAGUGGUGCCUCACGGCGGAGCUGUACUACGUGCGUGAGGGCGUGGUCAACGACUAUGCCAUGAACUGGCGCGUGCCCGUGGCCGCCAACGUGCACCGCCUCUACUUCACCUGGCAGGCCCUCACCAAGAAGCCCGUGCUGUACAACAUGGCCAUCUGGACCAACGAGACGGAGCCGCCCGGACCCUCCCCCAUGGCCCCGCCCUCAGUCAAUGUCUCCCUCACCGGCACCGUGCCCCAGGAGCCCCUCACCUUCAGACUGGACCUGCCCUGCCUCGGCCUGCGCAAUGCCGAGGUCGACGUCAUCCUCAACAUCAACGUGACGUCACCGAGGCCCCGCCAGCCGCCCACCGUCCUUUACUUCAAGCGGCGCAAGAUCUGCCUCGAGGGUCAGUCAGCUGAGACCUACGCCCCUCACUUAGGUCCGCCAGGGGAGAGGGGCGGCGAGGUGUCCAUGCCUGUGGCCUACUACGUGGUGCCCUCCCUCGCCGGCCUCACCCUCGUCCUCACUAUCAUCGUCAUCGUCGUCUACAUAAGUAGGAGGAAGAUCAAGAGGAACCGCGACCUCAGGAUUCUUGACGUGAAUGACCUCGGCGUGAAGGCUCGGCCCAUGACCAACUCCACCCUGCUGCGCGCCGCCACGCCCAACAACAACACCUACACGCUUCCCUCCUCCAUCACCAUCAACUCCUACGCCUCCCUCAGGAAACUCACCACCCCCAUCACGCCCCUCACCCCCCUCACCCCCGACCACGCCCACAACCAAGUUUCCACCACAGUUUCCCUCACCCAGUGCAGCAGGGAGAGCGGCAGCAGGGACGCCUGUGACGCCAGCAGGGACAGUGGCAGCAGAGACACCUGUCAGUCCUCGAGUUCCCUGAGCAGGUCGGAGGUGAUCGUUGACCCGUCCGCCGCAGAGCUUCAGGAGAGGUUCAGACAGAUGGAGGUUGAGAGGCAAAGGGUUCGUCUGACUGCCGUGGCUCAUGAGGGUUCCUUCGGGAGGGUGUUUCGAGGGUGGAUACAGCGUGACCGGCCGGAGCAAGACCAGCAGGUGCUUAUCAAGACAGUGACGGAGGGCGCCCCGCACGACGAGGUUGUGGCGCUCUACCGGGAGGGGACGCACCUCUUCAACCUCUACCACAGAAACGUCCUCACUAUGGUCGGCAUCUCCUUCGCGGACAACAGUUCUCCCUUCCUCAUCUAUCCCUUCCACGGGUACCAGAACCUCAAACAGUACUUGCAAGAGCACCGCGGCGGACACCUGCGUGCGGCAGAGUUGGUGGAGCUGGCAGUGCAGGCCGCCCACGGACUGGCCUUCCUCCACACGGCCAAUGUCCUGCACGGGGACGUUGCCGCCAGAAACUGUGUGGUGAGCGAAAAAUUGCAGCUCCGGAUCACUGACGCCGCCCUCUCCCGAGAUCUCUUCCCUUCGGAUUACGAAUCGGCCGGAGCUGAGCUGGCCAGGCCCAUCAAGUGGAUGGCCUACGAGGUCAUCACGGACCGAGUCAUAUCUACUUCCAGCGACGUGUGGUCCUACGGCGUGUUGCUGUGGGAGCUGACGACCCUGGCGCAGCAGCCCUACGUGGAGGUGGCGGCGUGCGAGAUGGCCGAGUACCUGCGUGACGGGUACCGCCUCGCUCAGCCCCUCAACUGCCCCGACGACCUGUACAAGGUGAUGGCCUUCUGCUGGGCCAUCCAUCCCCACGACCGGCCACACGCCAAGCUCAUCCUCGACUACCUGGCCGCCUUCCACCAACAGCUCAACAGCUUCAUAUGAUAUACGGAGAAAGGGGGAGGAGGAGGGGGGAAGGGACACACGAACUCGUCCACAAAUAAGAAAAAGAAGAAGAAGGACGCGAAGAAUGAUGAUAACAAAAAGAAAUCUAAGAAUGGUGAAGAUAAAGACAAAAAAAUAGAAAAGGUGAAAUUUGCUAAGUAGAAACACUGAAAAGGAGACGCUAGAAAGGAGAUAAAACAUGAAAAUAAACAUUUUUAGGUAACAAAAUACUUCCAUACAAAAACAAUGUGACAAGAAGCGAGGAACCUCCGGGCGGAAUGCUCCUCCGUUUUCAGCUGGUGCCGAGUGUCCUUGUCGGCGGCGAAAAGUGAACCUCGAGGCCGAUGGUGACAUGGAGAGUGAGGGACAAGCCUUCCAUGUGGAAGAUAAGGAAAGCGGCGGGUGAGCGCAGUCCCCCGUCCCUGCCUGACCUUCGGGGCGGGCGGGCGGCUCCGGCCAGCCAGCGUAGCCGAGUGUGUUCAUAGCCGUAGCUUUUCUAUGUCCUUUUCCCUAGAGAUUAUCUUUUGUAGGCACAUUGUGUAUGCACUUGACUAGUUUCGUGCUGCACUAGUAACGUGCACUUGACGUCCAGCAGGUGCACACAACGGGAGGUGUUAGUGCAGGAGUGAGCACAGCCGCCGUGAACACGUGUGCAUGAAUCACUGUGUGCGCGUGUUGGUGUGGAAACACGCGUUGUGGUGUGUGCACAUGACCUUGUAUUCGCCCACCGGGACAAUGGACGCAUUAUUAGGUGCAGCCCCUCGCGGCAGCCCUUGGAGGUGUGCACGCGUGCACCACAGCAGACUCAAGCUAUUCACUAGUCAUAAAGUUUUUGUACUGGUCAGGCCCCGGUGACCCCCCUAUCCUCCUUGUAAAAUGUUUGCUUGUGUGCUUGACCCCCGCUCAGUGUUUCGAGUCCUUUUUAUAUAACGCAGUGUGAGCCAGUAAACCGAGUCAUGAGUGAGUCUUUGAACUUCUUAGCGUAAGGCCUACCUUAUAUUUUCUUGGCACUUCGACCUUCUUCAACUAUGGGUCCUUCGGGGCCGGUGGACGUUCAUUUGUUUCCCCUUCGAUGUUGUUGAUGUGAGACCGACAGCCAGUUGGUUAGUGUUACAAUAAGGCAUUUUUGUACCUCUUGUCCAGUGCAAGGUCUUGAUGUGAUAUUCCUACGCCGAUGGAUUCCUACAUUAGGGGUCAGCGUCGGGUGCCGGCGGUGAUCAGAGGCAUUGUGGCUCCUUACCCUGGCAGGCGCGUGGCUCUGCGCUCCUCGUCUUACUCCGCGGUGGUUAUGGCGCACUUCUUUACGUCAGUUUUGGCACUACACUGUUAUGGCGCCUCAUCGCACUCGCUAAUUAUAAUUCAGCUUAGAGUAAACAGGCUAGAAUGAUCACUACAUUAUUACUUUAUAUUAAUGAUAACAUUUUUAUUCUAUUUAUCAAUUUAUUAUUAUUAUUCUUUUUAUUACAGUAACAUGGUAUAAGUAGCCUGUUGAGUCGUGGAGUGAGUAUGUGCUUCGGACAGGUGAACGAGUAACCAGAAACAAAUUUACUCUUCUAAACACCAGGGAAAAGAAGGAGAGUCUCGUUCUUCAGCCCUGCGAGGCGUGCAUGUUUACAGAGACUCGAAUAUCUUGGUGUCACGUUCCAGCAUUUCAACACUAAGUCAAUUUCUGCUCUCCGGAAUACAAAAGUUCGCCAUAACCACCAAGCUAUAUACAUCUCAGUUUAUUUUCUUUGUUUCAGUAUGUUAUUUGCCUAGUCUCUGGGUUGCCACAUGGUCCUUAGCGCAGGCCACGACGGAGCCACUCAAGUCUUCGAUAACGUCCAAGGAAAUCCUGUCCAAACGCUCCUCAGUGAGACAAGAUUCAAAAGUAACCAGAGUUGUGCGAGAGUAAAAAUCAAUGUGGCCGUGUGUGUGUGUGUGGGUGUGGGUGUGGGUGAGAGAGAGAGAGAGAGAGAGAGAGAGAGAGAGAGAGAGAGAGAGAGAGAGAGAGAGAGAGAGAGAGAGAGAGAGAGAGAGAGAGAGACACUGUCCACAUCAUCCGCCAGACUCCCAUCCUCCUUACAACUCAAGUCAACGUUUCUGUCUGUUCUGGUAACGCUAGUCAUGCCGCUUGCCUCUGGUAGCCGAGUGAUCAUCCCACAACUCACGCGCCUGCACUGUGCCGGGCGGGGCGGACUCAACGCCACGGUGCUGGAGAGGCGAGUGUUGCAGUGCUGGGGAAGGUGGUAGUACACAAGCGAGUCCAUUUAGCAAUUUCAGCGAGUCUAGAGGGAACUGUUUGCUCCCGAUUGUGUAUAUAUGUGUGUGUUAUAUUGUACAUUUACUGUAUAUAUAAAUAUCUACAUUUGUAUAGUAUAUGUGAGUCACAAGUGAAUAAAAAACGUGCAAAAACUAUA